CUUUAACAAGUUGCCCAUGCCCAGCUGAUGGCAAUGACAAAAUGGUCGGGCAUAGUCUGCCCAGCCAAAUGAGAAUUAUUUUCGCUCAGUUCCGCGGUCAAAACUAGGGAUGGCGGCGACGCAGCGACGCACGUUGACGCUGGGACAACCGCUGCACAUAAAACAGGAGCCGCUGACGAUGAGGACGUUGGCGCACUCGCCCAUCCAGCACCAGCAAAAUGCAGUCCCCGUCAAGAGCGAAACAAUGCAGCCUAUUGAUCUCGAGACUCGACACUUGAAGCACACCACUCCGUCGACAAAUGGGUUCCACCAGGAGGCCUCGACAGCUUCACCCUCGUCCUCCUUCCUUGGAGGCAAGUCUGCCAAGCUGCAGCAGUUCCUGGAGGAAAGCGCCAACCCCGAAUCAAAACGUACCGUGGACAUGCUGUUGUCGCAAGUGCAAAUGCUGUCUGCCCAAGAAAAGAUGCUGUUGUACCUGAAGCUCCCUGGAUCCAAGAAUGGCGGUGGUAGCCAACCUCAGGUUGACCCUUUGAGGCAGCCCAUCAAUCCCUUGGGCACCAGGCACGAGAUCCAGCAGACAAUCACCUGGAUCAAGACUCAUUUGACUGAGGACCCUGACGUGUCCUUGCCAAAGCAAGACGUCUACGACGAAUACAUGGCCUACUGUGAAGCUAAUGCGAUGAAACAUUUGUCGACAGCAGAUUUUGGCAAAGUAAUGAAACAGGUAUUUCCCCGAGUCAGACCCCGUCGAUUAGGUACAAGAGGAAACUCGAGAUAUUGCUACGCUGGCUUGUGCAAAAGAAUGCGACUUGACCGACCUAUGCUGCCAGACCUGGGUUGUGAUGUAGAGUUACCUAUCACUGAAAAGGGUGAUUCAAAUUUGGAAGCAGCCGCAUCUUUCCUCAUAAGAGAGUGGGCUCAAAAGCUGCUUGGAGAGUCGUUCAGCAAUCUCCGUGAACUAGCCUCUUACCUUGUGGACAAAAUGUGCGUAGACGGCCGUUCAGUGGCUGCAUUUGCUCUGUUGUCGGCGACUGCAGAAAACAUCGAAGAUGAGGAUUCUCCUGCUAGCAUUUUAGCCGCCAAAGAGCGAGACGCCCAGUUUGAGAGGAAGGUUGUGGAGAAGGAGCCGACCAAAAGAAAAGGCAGCCAAGACAGCGACAAGGUUGAAUCUGCAGGUCGGCCGGCAUCUGAAUGUAAAAGGCAGAGGCUAAAAAACGGUCGAAACAGCAUCGAUUCGCCGGUGAGGCGAGCCUCAGAGUCCAAAAAGCGCCCAUCACCAUCGGCGUCCUCUUCGUCAGUGUCGCCAGCACCUACAACUCCGGCCACUAAAAUGAUAAUUCCUCGCUUGUCUACUGGACCAGCGACGGUAGCAGCAGCAGCAACCACCCCCACUAGUGGGACCAGAUCCUCAACUUCCCUGAUCUCGCCUUUGAAGCAGCAGCAACCACAACAAACUCAGCAGCAGCAGCAGAACAAAAAGUACAAACGCAUUCAGCCUAAACCAGAGCCGCCACUGGAUGCUGGUGAGGAAGCCAACUUCUUCAACGACCUCAACUCUAGUGAACUGAUUCAAGAACCACUUGGCAUGCCUAACUUGGAGCCUAGCGCGUUCGAUGACUAUUUGAACGGGGGCAACUCGCAAGAGCAGGAGGACCACGAGCUAAUGACUUAUUUUACCCACACUUCCAACUCACCAGCAGCAAGUACCAAUCCAGAGCCUCCAGCACAACCAGUCACAAAUGAGGAGCCUGCCAAAAUUUCGCAACUGCGCCGUCUGCUCGAAGGCAACGAACGAGUGGUGAAGGAGAGCACCAAGCGCCGAGUCAGCUUUGAAAACCCAACUUUCGACACGGUGCCUGCCAGUCCCAACACCCGUAGGCGCGUCUUCAACUUUCUGCCCAUCUCGCCGGAUGACGUCGUCCCCGGCAUCCUGCAGGCACCGCCGCCGUCGCCAGCCUCAACGGCAACCUCGGCCAGUCCGUUUGUGUCACCGGCCAACACCCCUGUGCCGCGCUCUCGCAACAACUCGGGCAACCAGUUCAUCUACCCCUCGCGCACCAGACACAGUUCAGCACCCAAACCCAACCUCACCGUUCGCGGUCGAAACUUCUCCGGUCCAGCGCCGUUGGGCUUCGACUUACACGGGUCACACUCAACCAUGCUUGCCCCUCCGGACGGCCGACAACGACACGUCUCGGCCCAGCAACUGCAACUCCACGAACUGCUCGGCCACGAGACCUUUCUGUCCGACACAGUCCUGCCAAACAUGCAUCAGUUCCGCUCACAGUCGGUGCCUCUGCACCAAAUGAUCGGGGCAACGAACAACUCGUCGAUUGCGCCGACCCCGGUGCCCUCCGAGUUCAACGACUUUGACACAUCUGAAUCGUUCCAACUGGACCAGUUGCUCAUGGGUGAGGAGGACAUUCUAGAUGAGGCUGCCCGCGCCACCGUGUCCACCUCAUUCAACUCGCGCUCCUUCCCCAACACCCCAGUCACUGAAAUCGGGGGGCCGACGCUGCUGCCGUCCCUGCUGGCCGAGCAGCCGGCGUCGUCCCGCUCGUACCCGACUACGCCGGUAAUCAACGCGCCGGACCCAGUCAUUUCGCAACUCACGCUCAAUGCCAUCAACCAGCCGGCAGCACUCGGCGGCACCGCCAGACGCAAUUUGUCCGAGCUGAUCGACCAGUCGAGCAGUUUCAGUGCCGACGAGCAGGCCAUGUUCCAGAGCAUGGGCACCGAGUUUGGGGCGCCGCCGGAGCAGAACACUUUUGAUGACUUUGACCAGUCGGAGCUGACGCAGCUGGUGCAGGAGGUGGAGGGCAGCGCCAGUCUUCUGCAGGACGAGUCGCUCUCCUAACGCACAAGCAAAGCAACUCUUUUGUACGUGGAAUUCUAUAUUUUGAUAGGAUGAGCAUUCCAGCCUUAUUUUUUGUACUUCUUGUGGCUCGGGCCUCUUCCUUGGGCGGGCGGCCAGUCGGUGCUCUUGCAAUCAAUAUGAAAAAUGUACCAGACGCUAAUGGGCGCUUUUUAUAAAGCUGAUUUUUUUUUGUUCGCUUCCAUUGAUCAAGCCGCAAAGUAAAGUGCGCUGGAUUGGGACGUCGUUGGUCGCGGGAAAUGUGAUCGCAUUGGUACAAAGUGGUUGUUGGUUAUUACGUGUGCGAUGAGAUUUUAAAGUUUCUUCUUUGCAUUUUUAACUUCUGGAAAUUGCAGUUAGCUGCUAGUUUUCCUCUAGCGGAUUGUUGGCUAGCUGCAGCAGCAUUUGGGGGUCAAAUUAAAUAUAUCACUUUACGAUAGGCUUUAAUUAACUCAAAGGCUUUUAAAACUUGGACUCUCUCAUCGCCGGUUUUUGUUGAUAAGCAAAUACCCUCGCUCCGUUUCACUGUUCCACGUCCAGCGCCUUCUUUGUGUAAUGCAGAUUACUACAAUCUGAUUUGCACGCACCCAUUAGUGUCGAAUUUGAAAACCGAAUCAAAAUCCAAAAAGACUCGUUCUAUAUUUUUGAAACUUUUUCGCGACAAUCUGAAUGAAGACGGAAGCUUGAGCACCAUUUUCAAAGGGGUCCGCCGGGGGAACGGUCCGUUGUGAAUCAUGUGAUGUGCCAUUUCGGUUGACCAGCGCGUGCCCCAGUGGCCCAGCAUCCCCCAAUGAUCUCACCCCAGCGGAGGCAAUAAGAAAGAUAAAAGCUAGCGGUGCAUCGCGGCGGCACUCGGGGCACCAAACUCUGUCUUUUUCAAAAUCCUCGGUGAUAAAUUGGAAUAAUAUUUUCUACUGCUGUAUUUAGCGAUUUAAUGUUGGUGUCACUCUGUCUCUCUCUUUCUCUUACUCGACUCAGUGUUUUGCAUGCGAGUUAUAUUACUACCUAACUACGAUUAAUCACACACACACACACACACUCACGUUACUAUAUAUUAUUGGUGGUUUUGUACGACCAGCAGUAUUAAGGAAUUAAGCGUCUCUUGUGCUAGUUAACGAAUGAAUAAAACACACAAAAGCGUCGUCGUCGUCGGCACCAAAUCGGCCGACCCGCGUGCCGACGUCGACCGUGUACUUACUGUUAAUUGUAGGGUAGGGCAGCAGACGGGAGACUCGCACGGCAGCUUCGGUCGACGCGUGUUUCUCCGCGCGUGCGAAUUCAAUGUGAUGUGUGCCGCCUAAUUUAAAGAAUUAGUUGAUCGACUGUAAGACAAGCCACACACUCUGUAAAAAGCGACUAUAUUUUACAUCCAGACUUCAAAAAUUUCGGCCGUAUCGUUAGUAAUUGAUUUUGUGAUUGCCGAUCGAGACCUGUAUUUUUUUACGAGAUGAAGAUUGACGAUGAAUAUUAGGAGAAUGUGUUAACAUGGGAGAGGAAUUUGAGAGAAAUGUUGAUGCAAAACUGAAACGCGAGAAGAAAUUUAUAUUUUAUACUUCCUAUAGAUGCUUUUAUUAUAUUUUGCUGAACCGGGACAACACACGAAUUUUUAUCCGUUUGUUUUAUAUACAUUUUUUCGGUUAUGUCCUGCGCGUCAAAAAUCUAUGAUUCUUCUUGAUUCUUUUUCUGUUUUGCUCUGGUUGUUUCUGUUGUUGUUUGGUAGCAUUUGUUUAUUGUGUCGUGCACAAAGCCGUCGCAAUUUCGCCUUGUGAAUUUCUUCCCCGCAUUCUGACUUUCGUCUGAUAGUAAAAAUUUAUACAUUCGGGACCAUCCGUACUCCGAGACAGUGCCUGUAUUUUUGAUCCAAUUCUCACUCAAGACUGAACGACUUGAGAAACUCAAAAAUUAAACUGAGAACUUAUUGUUAGCUGAAAAAAUUCAAGGUUUCUCAUGAGGUAGGCGAAAUUGCUUCGGGUCCGCCAAGUCCAGACACAUGCAAAAUUGCAGUUACGCACUUGUUGUUGAUUUUGCAUGCAGUUUUUUUAAGAGCUAUUAUUGUAAUAUUUUCUUAACCGCAUAAUUUUUAUCGCGAUACUUUUGUUGUUGGAUUUGAUCUGUAGAAUCACACACGCAACACUCGGGAGGAAAGUUUGAUAAUUGCAGCUCGUCAUUCGGCCUUUUGUAUAUUUUCGACAGACUUGUUGUUAACGCAGCCGAUUAAUUACAAGUAACCAAUUGUUUCAUCUCGAAAUGACGUUUUUGCCAAAAAAAAGUGUACGGACUGAUGAUGACGUCUCUACUCGGAAACACAAUAUUUUUGUACGACCAACGUUUUUAGAGGAAAAAAGAAAGAUACUAGAAAGCUUUGCACCAUGAGGGGGCUGACGGGAGCCAGUCAUACAAUUUCACACGACGCGAUUGUAUCAUGCUGCCAAGUACAAAUUUU